CAUGUUUCCAAAUUCUGAACUUCAUGAGUUUAAAACAUGUCUUCCUGCUCUCCUUGUAGCCUUUUUCUACGGCACAUGUGACGUUCCUGAUCACAUGUCAACUGUAAUCUACUUCCCCUCACUUAGGGAUCACUCUUCCUCUGUCUGCUGUCAAGGCUUAGCUUCAAAUAGGUGAGACCUCUUGCAACAGGCAGAGUACAGACGGCCUCCCUUUUUCACACCCCUUGGCCACGUAAACAUCCACCCUUCAUCAACAAUGUAGUGGGAAAGGUAAAGGUUGAAUGCUCAUGUUUUAUUUCUGUGUUUUCGAGGGAUAAAUAGCCGUUGUAGCUGUAACUGUGUUGGACUGCCAAGGCUCCCAGAUGAAGGACAGACAGGGCUCUCUGUGGAAGAUGAACCGCUACACCGCUCUAGAGCAGCUGGGGGACGGGACGUACGGCAGCGUCCUCCUGUGCAAGUGCAAUGACACUGGGGAGCUGGUGGCUAUAAAGAGGAUAAAGAGGAAGUUUUAUUCUUGGGAAGAGUGCUUGAACCUAAGAGAAGUGAAGUCGCUGAGGAAGCUAAACCAUGCCAACGUUGUUAAACUGAAGGAGGUCAUCAGAGAACACGACUACUUGUACUUUGUCUUCGAGUAUAUGAAAGAAAACCUCUAUCAGCUCAUGAAAGAAAGAAACAAGUUGUUCCCUGAGUCAGUCGUCAGAAACAUGACAUUUCAGAUAUUACAGGGACUGUCCUUUAUUCAUAAACAUGGGUAUUUUCAUCGGGAUAUGAAACCUGAGAAUUUGCUCUGCAUGGGACCAGAGCUGGUAAAGAUUGCAGAUUUUGGACUGGCCAGAGAGAUUCGCUCGCAGCCCCCUUACACUGCAUAUGUGUCCACGAGAUGGUAUAGAGCCCCAGAGAUUCUGCUGAAGUCUAACUCCUACAGCUCACCCAUCGACAUCUGGGCCGUGGGAUGCAUCAUGGCGGAGCUCUACACACUCAGACCCCUGUUCCCUGGCAACAGUGAGGUGGAGGAAAUCUUCAAGAUCUGCCAGGUGCUGGGAACACUGAAGAAGUCGGACUGGCUUGAGGGCUACAACUUGGCUGACUCGCUGAACUUCCGCUUUCCAAAGUGUAUUCCCACCAGCCUCAGAUCCCUGAUCCCUACCGCCGGCGACGAAGCGAUCAUGCUGAUGAGAGACAUGCUGCAGUGGGACCCUGAGAGAAGGCCAAGUGCUGCACAGGCUUUACGGUAUCCAUACUUCCAUGUGGGCCAGACGCUCUGUGCUCCUCUGAAGUACUCUGAGCAGCACACGGCUCAGAAGAAGAUCUUUGAGGCGGCUCCAGAGACAAAGCCUCUGUCCUUCUGUAAGUCAGACCUAGAGUCCAUUGAGGCAAGUAGGACUCAUGCAGAGAUGCAGAUGUGCAGUCAGUCUCUUCAGCCGAUCCCUCUGUGUCAGGACAACAUUGAGCCAACACCAGCAAUGUGUUCCACCAUGUUGACAGUGGGGCAGCAGGAACCUCUCAGCCUGGUGACAAACAGGCAACCAAUGAACUGGCAAUCUCCUACAAGAGCGACCCGCACAGAAGCAGAGAACAGCUCGACUGGAGUGAGGGCAGGACGCAGAAGAUGGGGUGAGACGUCUUUCAAGUCCGUCACCGGUCUAUACGGCAGUGAGGAUACAGACGCCGGGCUUUCCCUCUCCAAAAAAAACACCAUCGACUCUCAGGAGGAAAGAGAACUGGAUGGGCCUUGCAGUGGGCUGAAAAGAAGAGACUCCUCCACCUUGUCGGCCAAGCAGCACUACCUAAACCAGUCCAGAUAUCUGCCUGGUGUACACCCGACAAAAAACUCCUUAACAGAAAGCCAGGUGGUCACCAGAAAGUUGCUGUGGGACAGCUGGAGCUUAACCAGAAGACAGUGUCUGGAGUUCCCUCUAAGUAAAGACUCAUGUAUGAGCAUCGCCAACAAGCCAGCCAGGACAUACGUGUUACCUCUGCAGAGGACUGAAACAGAGACAGUGAAACAGAGGAUCACAGGCUCCUCUGCCAUUGAUCUGUCAUCCGCUGCUGAUCUCAGAGUCCAGUCUAAAAUCAAACAACUGAAGAGCAAGCCCACCUCAGAUAAACAGUUCCCCUCAUAUGAAGAAUACCAAGGGUGGAGGAUCAGAACUCCUCAGAUCCUCGGAUCCAGUGCAACAGGGAAGAAAACCUUUUCAAGGAGUACAAACGUCCAGCCUGUGCAUGGACGAGUAGACUGGAGCGCCAAAUACGGUGGUCACCAGUAGCAGAGCAUUUCACUCUGCUCCACCAGUGACUCAUGGGAAAAAAUCUCAGUGCACUUCAACAGGAAAAACACCCUUCAGAGGAGAAGCUGCCAACAGUUUGCAAAAAUGAUCCUCUCUGGCCUGCUGUUACCUUAACCAUUAAAUAUAGUUCAGAGUUGUGCAAGUCAGUAUUUUUUUUUUUUUAAAUAGAAGACUAGAAAAUUAAAACUUAUUUUUGUAUUUUCAAUCAACUGAUACAAAGUAACAAACUAAA